AUGAAGACUAUUUUUUUUGUAGUAUUAGUGUGCCUUGCAACAGUAAGUUGCUAUAAAGAUGCGCAGCUCCUGACGGAAGGAAAUAGCAAAUUCACAGCCAAAAUGUUCUCAGAAGUCGCUAAACAAAGUCCGGAAAAAAGUUUUGUACUAUCAGCAUUUUCUGUGCUAAGUCCAUUGGCGCAACUGGCUUUGGGUUCUGAAGGAGAAAGCCAUGACGAACUGUUGAGAGCGAUAGGGUUACCAGAUGACAGGACGAUUAAAACUGCAUUCAUGCAACUUAAUAAUACACUCAGUUUCAUUGAAGGAGUUGAUUUAAGAAUGGCAAACAAGAUUUAUGUUGCCAAUGGAUACUCUCUUAAAAAGGACUACACAGCAGUUGUGAGAGAAACAUUCCAAUCCGAAGUUAAAACCGUCGAUUUUACUGCAAGUCAACGUGCUGCAGAUGAGAUAAAUACUUGGGUGGAACAACAAACAAAUGGUCGAAUUAAAGACUUAGUCGACCCCGAUUCCUUCAACACUUUGACAAGAGCUCUCCUAGUUAAUGCAAUAUACUUUUUGGGUACAUGGAAACAUCCAUUCUACGAACGCCUCACGCUUGAUAGUAACUUUUAUUUGCCGAAUGGCAAAACAAUACAGCUGCCAACAAUGUUUAACGAAGGACUUUACAAUUAUGUAAAAAGUGAAGAACUUAACGCAAGUAUUUUGGAAUUGCCAUACAUUGGUGAUGAAACUUCCUUGUACAUUAUACUUCCUAACAAAGUUGAGGGAAUUAAUGAAGUAUUAGAAAAUCUAAAAGAUUUUUCAGUAUUAGAAAAAGCCUUAAACAAUUUGCACAAAAAAAGUGCGGAAAUAUCCAUACCGAAAUUCAAAACAGAAACUAAGACAAACUUAAAAGAAAUCCUACAACAAAUUGGUGUACAGGGAAUAUUCAAUUUUACCAAGGCAAACUUUAAUAAGAUAUUAACCGAUAUCAAACAUGAUUUAUAUAUAAAUGGUGCGACCCAAAAGGCUUUCAUUGAAAUUAACGAAAGAGGUACAGAAGCCACUGCUGCGAAUGAUUUCGACAUGGUUGCAGUUUCUCGUUUAGUCCCCGACGUCUCAUUCCAUGCAGAUCACCCGUUCGUAUAUGUAUUAAAAACUGGAAGAUAUAUCUUGUUUACCGGAGUUUUUCAUCCUUGA